AUGCCUGCUCUGACACUUUCUGGCAUUAGCAAUGCGUAUGCGAGCAUGCGCUACCCAGUGAUCAAUCCCAGUAAUCGCAAAUGCUCCACGAUCCCUAUUUUCUCGCUGAACAAUCAGUACUCUCGCAAUUUCCAUCUGUCGUGGCUUGGAUUUUUUGUCGCCUUCUUAUCGUGGUUCGCAUUCGCCCCUCUCAUUCCAGAUGCCAUCAAGACUGACUUGAACUUGACAUCUGAGGAAGUUGGGAAUUCGAAUAUUGUUUCGCUGUGCGCCACCCUUGUUGUACGGGUUAUAUCAGGUCCCCUCAUCGAUCGAUAUGGGCCCCGCAAGGUGAUGGCGGGUCUUCUCAUUAUAGGGGCGAUUCCUUCUGGCCUUGCUGGAACCAUAUCAACUGCGCAAGGUCUCUACAUUGUCCGUUUCUUCAUUGGCAUUCUCGGUGCCACAUUUGUCUCUUGUCAAGCUUGGAACACUGCGUUCUUUGACACGAAUGUCGUUGGUACAGCGAAUGCCUUGGGCGGAGGCUGGGGAAACGCGGGCGGCGGCUUCACGUUCAUCAUCAUGAUCGCUCUCUUCAAUCAAUUGCUUGCUGACGGUAUGAGCCCUCACGUUGCCUGGCGGGUGGCAUUUGCAAUCGUUCCUGUUCCCAUUCUUCUCUCUGUUGCUGCUGCCAUUCUAAUGUUUGGCACUGACCAUCCCGCGGGCAAAUGGAGUGAUCGCUAUAAAGCUGUUGCCACUACACUUCCUGCGUCAGAUGAUCAAACGAGCAAUUGCGAAAAUAUAAAAACGAAGUCUGGUGAUGAUAUCGAGACUGGAGACGAGAAGAACAUUGAGGUCACUGUUACUGCUGUUAAUGCUACAAAUUUGGUUUCAGAAUUGGACACUGCUGUCAACAACCCACUUUCCCUGAACACGGCGUAUAAAAUCGUUAUGAACCCACUGACCUGGCUUCCCUCGUUGGCUUAUAUGACCACUUUCGGCUACGAGCUUGCUAUUGAUGUCAACUUGGCUACCGUUCUGUAUACCCUAUUCAAGUCCCCCACUUAUGGCCAGACUAAAGCUGGCUAUAUUGCAGGCAUCUAUGGUCUCCUUAACGUGUUCUUCCGGCCGCUUGGCGGAUAUUUCGGAGAUCUCAUAUAUGUCAAAUUUGGUGUGCCUGGCAAGAAGUACCUGACCAUCGCUUGUGGAGUCGUUCAAGGGCUUUUAUCACUUGGUCUUGGUUUUUACAUUAAUAACCACUCUCAUCCAUCCCCAACACCAGUUGAGGUCAUCAUUGUGAUUUUUGUCAUUGUCGCAAUGUUCAACGAGGUCGCCAAUGGAGUCAACUUUUCUCUUGUUCCACAUUGCAACCCCAACUCCAAUGGAUUCAUGACCGGAAUUGUAGGCGCAAUGGGAAAUCUUGGAGGGAUAUUCUUCGCGAUUAUCUUCCGCUUUCAACCAUAUCCUCUUGGCAGGGCAUUUUGGAUUGCUGGUGUCAUCACAGUUGGCGUGAACCUCUUACUCUGUUUUAUCCGUGUACCUCAGUUUUGA